AUGUUAUUUAUUACAAAAUUAUUUUAUUAUACUGCGGAUGACAUUAUAUCAUGUUUACCAUUAACACAACAAAAAAAUAUGUUAUUUGAACAUUUAAGAUAUUGUUUUAAACAUUUAGUAAAACAAGAUAUUUUCGCUUUAUUAAAUGAUCAAACAUCAACAUCAGAACAACUUAAAUUAAGAUUUCAACAAGGUAAAUCAUAG